UCCUACUUCACUAGACAGUGGACACAAUCAUGCCACGCAAGCACAAGCACCAUAACACCCACAAUCCUCAUUUUCUCUCUCAUCAUCAUCAUGGUCAUCAUGUCUAAAGUGAUCAAAAUCACUUGUAAUGUAACACUUUGAGUUGCAUUACAUCACAACAACAACAUGGCUGCCACUGCUGCUGCAGGCAUAGCUUCCUUGUUUUCUUCUUCUAUUAACAGUGUCAAAUGUCUUCGUUCCUCCAAGAACUGCUCCAUAAUAGACCCUCUCAUAACAACAGUGCCCUCAAACCGUGGCAUGUUUGGGUCACACUUGGUGGAACCUUUGUCCAUUAAUUCGCACAAGUUGUGGGGACCUAGAAUUUCUGCUGCUGUUGCACAAGAAGAGGCUGUUGUUGUUGUGGAUGAUGAUGGUGCUGGUUUAGUUGAAGAAGAGAAAGUGGAGGAGAAUGAAGGAGAAGCGGUGGCAGAACAAGACUCUGAUUCCUCUGCCACCAAGCUUUAUUUUGGGAAUUUGCCUUAUAGUGUUGAUAGUGCCAAGCUUGCAGGGUUAAUUCAGGAUUAUGGUAGCGCAGAACUAAUUGAGGUUCUUUACGACAGGGAUUCUGGAAAAAGUAGAGGCUUUGCAUUUGUGACAAUGAGUUGUAUUGAAGAUUGUAAUGCGGUUAUAGAGAAUCUUGAUGGAAAAGAGUUCCUGGGCAGAACCUUGAGGGUGAACUUCUCUAGCAAACCAAAACCAAAAGAACCCUUGUACCCUGAAACUGAACACAAGCUUUUUGUUGGGAACCUGUCAUGGUCAGUAACUAAUGAGAUAUUGACACAAGCCUUUCAAGAAUAUGGAACAGUGGUUGGAGCAAGGGUCUUGUAUGAUGGAGAAACUGGAAGAUCACGUGGCUAUGGUUUCGUUUGCUAUUCAACACAAGCAGAGAUGGAAGCUGCUGUUGCAGCCUUGAAUGAUGUGGAACUAGAAGGACGGGCUAUGCGUGUAAGCUUGGCUCAAGGAAAACGUGCAUAAGGUUAAUAGAAAUUUGGGAAGGCUUAGAUGUUCAACAAUGGUGCCAUAGAAAUGAGAAGAGGAUGCACUUGAUGUAAUUUUCUGAGGAAUUCCUUUUCAUUUCUUGUGGUUUAUAAAUUAUUUACUCCCACUUUCGAAGGAUCUGCUGACCCGAAUGUUAUAUUUUGUGCAUUUUUGCUGAUACUAACAUUGGCCUAUUUAUUGCCUCCUUCUUGGCUCACCGAGCCAUACAUUGAAUCACAUACUCUAUUCUGUGUAACAUUUGCUAUGAAAUAAUCAGCAAAGGUGUAAAGUUUGUACCAUAUUGAAUACAAACUUCAAAAUACAUAUUCUUUUUGCUGCAAUUCUAUAAAUGGGUAAGUUGAACAUA